AUGGCCCGCAAGCGGCACACGAAAUCCAGAUACGGAUGUAAGGAGUGCAAGCAGCGUCACCUCAAAUGCGAUGAGGGGCGGCCCUCCUGUGGGAGAUGCCUCGCUCUCGAGCGGCGCUGCUCCUUUUUCGACAUUCACACUGGAUUCGCACCAGCCCCUCGAGCCGCAACAUCCAUCUCCGGCUCCUCGUCUACUCCGGCUGCACCUCCCGCUCCAUCGCCGGCCUCUGUCCAGGGGUCGACAUCAGGUCGCGCGGACGAUCUCAAUGUGGAACGGUACAGCCUAGUCCACCUUGAGCUGUUGCAUCACCCCGAGACACACUAUGGCAGCCUCUUUGGCGAUGCCGUGGAGGAAGCGAGACUGAUGGUUGAUCUGAUCCGUCAGGAGGCGCUGGCCGUGCCGUACCUGAUGGACGAAUUCCUCGCUCUCGCUGCGGCGCACAAGAGUACCCUCGUACCCGCCGAUCGGAAGGCUUUCUACCACACUGAGGCCACCCGGCUGCAGAACCGUGCCCUGUCCCAGGUCGACCUGAGCAACCUGGAUGCUCUUGACCAAAAUCCCAUGGCAGUCUUUCUUUUCGCAUCCCUGCUGAGUCAACAUGUCAUGUUUGACAUUUUGUCCGCCCGCGACAAGGGUGGCAAUGACCUCCUCGACAAUUUGGUCCACUGCUUCGGGCUUCAUCGCGGAGUUCGCCUCGUCGCCGGCCGCGCAUGGCCGCAGGUCGAAGCCCGGAUGCUGCCGAUACUGAUGGGCAGGCACCAGUUAGGCCUGGGCAACCUCAGUGUCAUCGGGCCUGGCGAUGAGUGCGACGGUCUGAAGAAACUCAUCGAUAGCAGGCCUCUGAGUGAAGAUGCUAGUAAGGCUUGUCGCGAGGCUGUCGAAAUUCUGCAGAAACUCUUCGACGAGCAAAGGACCGCCGUAUCGUCCGGGACACGGCAUGUCACGGUGGUGCAAGGAUGGCCAGUCAGGAUACCAACCUAUUACGUCGAGCUUGUCGACCAACGCGUGCCCGAAUCUCUCGUCAUACUUGCGUAUUACGGAGUGCUCCUUCAUCGAGCCAGGGACUAUUGGGCAAUAGGAGAUACAGGGACUCGCCUCGUCCAGUGUAUUAGUAACAUACUUGGAGGGUACUGGGCGAGGUGGUUGGGGUGGCCGAGGCAGAUCCUAGAUGUCGAUGCACCAACUGAAUUGGCACGUCAAUAA